UAUAUUCACAAUUAUAUUAGGCAGAUUUCAUUCAUAACCAACAAGUUUUUAAUGUGGAAUCAACGCUGUGAAUCACAAAAACAGCUGAUUUAGAUUGUUUACCAAGGUUAACAUUUUAGUAAAACAGUACACAAAAGUGAAGAAAGUUAAAGUUAAUAUAAAUUUUAAUUAUAUACAUAUAUUGUUCAUUUUGUUUUUGGUUGCACCAAUUUAAAUAAAAGAAGAUUUUGCAAACAAGUACUCAUUUCCGGUAGUAAAGAAAAAACUCGACGUAAUGGGCGGCGGAGAUUUGAAUUUGAAGAAGUCUUGGCAUCCGCAUACAAUGAAAAACCAAGAAAAGGUGUGGAAAGCGGAGCAAGCCAAAUCAGAGGAAGAUAAAAAGCUCAAAGAUCUACGAAGGGAGAUAGAUGAAGAAAAAACACGAGAGGAGCUUAAACAGAUAGGUCGCAAUUCUGGUAUACUGCCACAGGAGGAUAAAAAAUUAGAAUGGAUGUACAAAAGUAGUAAUGAGCUUAUAAAUCGUGAAGAAUAUCUACUUGGAAGGAAUAUUGACAAAUCAUUUGAGAUGUUGCAAGCUGAGGAACAACGAAAAGAUCAAAAUAUGGUCGGUGUAAAACAAUCUAUAAAUCAUGUGGAACACGAAUGCAUACCAUUUUCCAUACGGUCUUACCGCAAUAUAGAGUCCACAGAACAAGUCGAUUUGCAGCGUAAAGUCAUGGAGGAUCCUUUAAUGUUAAUUAAACAACGGGAAAUGGAAUCAAGAAAAAAACUUCUGGAGAAUCCGGUAAAAUUAAAGGAACUUCACCGCAUUCUCAAAACUGAUGAAUUACUGAAAAAGUCUAAAAAAGUAAAAAAAUCUAAGAAGUCUAAAAAAUCCAAGAAAAAGCAUAAAAAACGUUCUAAAUCAUCCAGCGAUGACAGCUCUUCCGAUUCGAAAUCAGGCAGUGAUACCGCAAAGGAUCUAGAUGAGGAAUUAGCUAAGAGAUAUAAAAAGCUAAAUAAAGAGGAAGAUUUUUCUGGUUUAAAUUUGUCAAAAUUAUUGGACGCUAAAUUCGAAACUAUUACAAAAGAAUUGGAUAAAGCUGCCAGAAGUAAGCGCAAAAACGAUCACCGAUAUCGCUCAAUUAGCAGUGACAGUGUUCAUGACAACAGGAGGAGAAGUCGUUCCAGGGAACGUGAAAGAAGAGUAGAGAAAAAUUCGUAUGAGAGUAAAGGAAGGCAAAAAACAGUUAGAAGCCCUCGUCAUAGAUCACCCAAUAGCUAUCAAAAGAGACAAAGUUCGAUUAUACGAUCACCCGACGAACCUCGUAAACGACAAUACUCCACCUCUCCUUCUAUUGAAAGGGAUGUUAGAAAUAUUUCCAAUUCAAAAAAGUCACGUUCAAGUCGUUCAUUAAGUAAAGAUCGUAAGAAGAUAAAUGAUUAUCGAUCGAGAAAACUAGAACCACAGUCGAGACGGCAAGAUUAUAAGGAGUAUGAAAUACAACAAAAAUACAAAUCUCGUUCCAAGUCACCUAAACUUGGUAAAAGUCGACGUCGUUCUGAAACUAGAUCUUCAAUACGCUUAAGUAGAAGGGAACAUUCAAGAUCUUUACGCAGAAGAUCACGUUCCCCACGCAGAAAUUCACGUUCUCCACGUAGAAGUUCCCGCUCUCCAGGUAGAAGUUCACGCUCUCAGCGUAGAAGUUCACGUUCUCCACGUAAAAAUUCACCUUCGCGGAGAAGUUCACGUUCCCCAGAUCGAAGUUCACGCUCUCCACGUCGGCGAGAGAGAUUAAAUGAUCGUAAUGAAAAUAAAUGGGGCCAUGGGCGAUUUAAUGAAAGUAAAGUGAUAGCAUCACAGAAAAAAUUAAGCAAUGAGGAAAAGGAAGCACGUCUUCGGGAAAUGAUGGAAAACGCUAGUUGGAGGGAGGAGGAUCGGGUGAAAUCAGUGCAAAAGUAUCGCGAAGACAAUGCCCGUGAAGAGGAACAUUAUAAAAAUCAGCAUUUCGACAAGGAAUUCAUAAAUAAGGAAGUAAAGAAAGCGAUUGCUACACAGUCCUCAAUUGGGUCUAGAAUUCGUUCAAACUUGAAUAAUAUUCAACGCACAUCCGCCGCUAUGAAUUCAAAUUUUACGAAAAAAUAAUUCAAAUAUUUUCCUAGUUUUAAGUAAAUUCCGUUUUUGUAACUAAUAAAUACAUGUAUUUAACGUUUUUAAA